AGUUGAUGCAAAAUGAGUGUUCCUGACUACAUGCAGUGUGCUGAGGACCAUCAGACUCUUCUGGUUGUGGUUCAGCCGAUUGGCAUUGUACCCGAAGAGAGCUUUUUCAGGAUCUACAAGCGAAUUUCAGCAGUGAGUCAAGUUAAUGUGCGUGACUCUCAGCGUGUGUUGUAUAUCCGUUACAGGCACCAUUAUCCCCCAGAGAACAAUGAAUGGGGGGAUUUUCAGACACACCGGAAAGUUGUGGGGCUCAUAACUAUUACAGACUGUUCUUCUGCAAAGGACUGGCCUCAGACUUUUGAAAAAUUCCAUCUUCAAAAAGAAAUGUAUGGUUCUACUCUCUAUGAUUCCCGGUUGUUUGUCUUUGGGCUUCAAGGAGAGAUUGCAGAGCAGCCCCGCACAGAUGUGGCGUUUUAUCCCAGUUAUGAUGAAUGUGAAACUGUGGAGAAGAGAAUAGAAGAUUUUAUCGAAUCCCUUUUCAUAGUGUUGGAGUCUAAGCGGCUUGACAGAGCCACUGAUAAGUCUGGAGACAAGAUCCCGCUCCUCUGUGUUCCUUUUGAGAAGAAGGAUUUUGUAGGUCUGGACACCGAUAGUAGACACUAUAAGAAGCGUUGUCAAGGCCGGAUGCGGAAACAUGUUGGUGACCUGUGUUUACAAGCUGGGAUGUUACAAGAUUCCUUGGUGCAUUAUCACAUGGCAGUGGAACUUCUGCGGUCUGUGAAUGACUUUCUGUGGCUUGGAGCUGCUCUUGAGGGGUUAUGCUCAGCAUCAGUCAUCUAUCAUUAUCCAGGUGGUACUGGAGGUAAAGUUGGAUCUCGCAGGGCACAAGGAGGUUCUCUUUCUGCUGAGGCAGGCAACAGGCACAGACCAGGGGCACAAGAAGUUCUCAUUGAUCCAGGUGCACUGACUUCAAAUGGUAUAAAUGCAGAUACCAGUGCUGAGAUAGGACGUGCCAAGAACUGCCUUAGUCCUGAAGACAUCAUAGAUAAAUAUAAAGAAGCCAUUUCUUACUAUGGCAAGUACAAGAAUGCUGGUGUGAUUGAACUGGAAGCCUGUGUGAAGGCAGUGAGAGUCCUGGCAAUACAGAAAAGGAGCAUGGAAGCCUCUGAGUUUCUUCAGAAUGCAGUUUAUAUCAACCUUCGCCAGCUUUCAGAAGAAGAAAAAAUCCAGCGUUACAGCAUUCUUUCUGAGCUGUAUGAACGUAUUGGUUUUCACCGAAAGUCUGCUUUUUUCAAGCGUAUAGCAGCAAUGCAGUGUGCUGCACCUAGCAUCCCAGAACCUGGGUGGAGGGCCUGCUACAAAUUGCUUUUGGAAACUCUCCCUGGCUAUAGCUUAUCAUUGGAUCCUAAAGAUUUCAGCAAAGGAACUCAUAGAGGAUGGGCUGCAGUACAGAUGCGUUUGCUUCAUGAACUUGUAUAUGCUUCCAGAAGAAUGGGCAAUCCUGCUCUGUGUGUCAGGCAUCUGUCUUUCCUUCUCCAGACCAUGCUGGAUUUUCUUUCUGAUCAAGAAAAGAAAGAUGUAACACAGAGCUUGGAAAGCUACACAGCAAAAUGCCCUGGUACAAUGGAAUUCAUCACUCUUCCAGACGGUUUGAAGUUACCUCCUGUUCCAUUCACCAAAUUGCCUAUUGUGAGAUCUGUUAAGCUUUUGAACCUCCCGACCAGUCUUCGACCUCACAAAAUGAAAAGUCUACUUGGUCAGAAUGUGUCAACCAAAAGCCCCUUCAUAUAUUCUCCAAUUAUUGCGCACAGUCGUGGGGAAGAACGAAAUAAGAAAAUAGACUUCCAGUGGGUCCAGGGAGAUGUAUGUGAAGUUCAGUUGAUGGUGUACAACCCUAUGCCUUUUGAGCUCCGAGUAGAAAACAUGGGUCUCUUGACAACAGGAGUAGAAUUUGAAUCUCUUCCUGCAGCUCUUUCUCUACCUGCAGAAUCUGGUCUCUAUCCGGUAACUCUUGUUGGUGUUCCUCAAACUACUGGACAGAUCACUGUCAAUGGUUACCAUACUUCAGUUUUUGGAGUCUUCAGUGAUUGCCUUCUGGACAAUCUUCCAGGAGUGAAGACCAACGGCUGUACUGUUGAAGUCAUUCCAGCUUUGCCAAGGCUGCAGAUCAGUACCUCCCUUCCAAGGUCUGCUCAUACACUUCAGCCUUCUUCAGGGGAUGAAAUCUCCACUAAUGUGUCUGUCCAGCUUUACAAUGGAGAGACCCAGCAGCUUAUCAUUAAGUUAGAAAACAUUGGAACAGAACCGCUGGAGAAACUAGAGGUCACAGCGAAAACAGUCAACACCAAGGAGAAGCUGUAUGGGGACUUCUUGAGUUGGAAGCUAGAAGAUACCCUCUCCCAGUUUCCUUUAAAACCUGGAAAGAUUGCAACAUUUACUGUAAACAUUAAAGUGAAGCUGGACUUCUCAUGCCAAGAAAAUCUUCUGCAAGAUCUCAGUGAUGAUGGAAUCAGUGUUAGUGGACUUCCGCUCUCCAGUCCUUUUCGGCAGGUUGUCAAGCCAAGAGUAGAGACUAAACCUAUUAAUCCACAAGAAAGCAGCAAAGUUGGUGACUUCAGUCAUGUGAAGGCGCUGGAAGCCAUUUUGAAUUUUAAGUACUCUGGUGGACCAGGACAUGUUGAAGGAUAUUACCGGAACCUUUCACUAGGCCUUCAUGUAGAAGUAGAGCCGUCUGUUUUCUUUACGCGUGUUAGUACCCUUCCAGCAACAAGCACCCGGCAAUGCCAUCUACUUCUUGAUGUCUUCAAUUCUACAGAACAUGAGUUGACCAUCAGUGCUAGGAAUAACGAAGAUUUAAUUCUGCAUGCUGGGGAAUGUCAGCGUAUGGCUAUCCAAGUUGACAAGUUCAAUUUUGAGAGCUUCCCAGAAUCCCCUACCGAUGGGACACAGUUUGCGAAUGCAAAGCAGCUGGAAGAAGAAAGGCAACAAGCAAAAGGUCUGGAGAUUAACAGCAAGCUGGAUAUUUGCUGGAAAAUUCCUUCCUUGAAGCGUGAAGGGGAAGCAAGCGUGGAAGGCGUUCUUAAUCAACUGGUCCUGGAGCAUCUACAGUUGGCUCCUCUCCAGUGGGAUAUCCUCGUUGAUGGCAAGCUUUGUGACUGUGAUAUCGUGGUGAACUGCAAAGUGGGAGACCCCAUCCCGUUGGAGGUGAAGCUGACCAACUGGAGCAAACACAGCGUGGGGCCUUUCGCUCUCACCAUGACGCCCUACCAGGAUUACCAAAAUGGGGUGCACAACUAUGAGCUGCAAGAUGCUAUCACCUUUGUGGGAUCCAACACCUUCUACAUCGAUUCAGUGAAGCCGACCAAAGACUCUGUGUACUUUGGAGCACUUCUCUUUCUCUACACAGGUGAUUUCUACCUGAAUAUCAAAUUCCAUGAAGAUAACUGCAGCAGGGAGCUGCCUCUCUCCUGGUUCUGCCUUCCUAGUGUCCACAUCCGUGCUAUGGAGCCUACGGUCCAAACUAAGCUGUAA